AUGGAUACCUCGUUGAUCCCAUCACAACAGAACAUGCUUUCACAAAAUACCUCCGUGCUUCCCAAUAUUGAACAUACGAACACAGAAGAGAAUAUAGAAAGAGAGGAUGUGCUGUCGAACCUGUCAGACCGAGAGAAAGAGCUGUUGUGCAGCGCCUUCGUAUUCCCAACAACCAGCUCGUCUACAUCAGAUAAUAAGCGUUGCCAACGAAAUGAUUUAAAACUUCAAAAAUUUCAACUGAACGAGAUCUUAGACAGAGAUACGAAUGAUGCUUUGGAAGAAUGGGAUGCAGCAUACAAAACGCUUCUCUGGGAAAUGUCAUCUAAGGAUGCCAAUGCGGAUUCGCACGAACUACAAAUAAACAAGGUGGAUGAUGAAGGAUACACAAACCUCUACAAGGCAACAUUAGUAGGCAAUUCCAAAGAGGUUGAAAAUAGAAUUUCACAAGGAGCAAACCUGGAUACACCAAGCAAGGGCGGACUUCGACCUAUUCAUGCAGCAGUUCAAGAAGGACAUGCGAAUAUCGUGGAUUGCCUCAUCCUGCACGGAGCUGAUCGUAGCGUCGAAUGUGAGAUUGGUCACACACCUCUUCAUACCGCAGUAUCAAAUGGGCAUACCUGCAUGUUAGAUAUUCUGCCGGAAGGUAUCAAUGUGAACAAGGCUGAUGAGCAAGGUUGGACACCAUUCAAUGCAGCCAUUCAAUAUGGCCGUUUGGAAGCUGUCAAACAUCUCAUGGAUAAAGGAGCCAAGCAGAACAGAUAUAAUGGAAUGACCCCACUCUAUGCUGCAGCUAAAUUCGGCCAUCUAGAUAUUGUGAAAUUCUUCAUUUCCAAUGGAGCUAAUGUGAAUGAAGAAGAUGAUAAUGGAAGAAUCCCAUUGAACGGAGCUGCUAUCAAAGGUAACAUGAAGAUCAUGGGAUAUCUUAUUCAGCAAGGAUCUGAUGUGAACGAGGCUGAUCAAAACGGAUGGACUCCAUUCAAUGCUGCUAUGCGACACGGUCAUCUAGAAACUGUCAAAUAUCUCUUAAAUAAAGGAGCCAAGCAAAACGCAUAUAAUGGAAUGACUCCAUUCUAUGCUGCAGCUAAAUUUGGUCAUUUUGAUAUCGUAAAAUUCUUCGUUUCCGAUGGUGCUGAUGUGAACGAAGAUAAUGAUAAUGGGAGAAUCCCAUUACAUGGAGCUGCUAUUAAAGGUGACAUAAAGAUCAUAGAGUAUCUCAUUGAAGAAGGGUCUGAUGUGAACAGGGCCGAUUCUAACAGAUGUACACCACUCAUUGCUGCCAUUAAAAACGGUCAUCUAGAAACUGUCAAACAUGUCAUAGAUAAAGAAGCUAAGCAAAACAGAUAUUUGAGACAGGCCGCACUCUAUUUUGCAGUUCGAUUCGGCCAUUUAGAUCUGAUCAUGGAAUAUCUCAUUCAACAAGGCUCUGAUGUGAACAAGGCUGAUCUCGAGGGUUGGACACCAUUCAAUGCUGCCAUUGAAUACGGUAAUCUAGAAGUUGUCAAAUAUCUCAUGGAUAAAGGAGCCAAGCAGAACAGAUGUGAUGGAAUGACUCCACUCUAUGCUGCAACUGAAUUCGGUCAUUUAGAUAUUGUGAAAUUCUUCAUUUCCAAUGGAGCAGAUGUGAAUGAAGAAAAUGAUGAUAAGGGGGUCCCAUUACACGGAGCUGGUAUCAACGGUAAUAUGAAGAUCAUGGAAUAUCUCGUUCAACAAGGCUCUGAUGUGAACAAGGCUGAUCUCGAGGGUUGGACACCAUUCAAUGCUGCCAUUGAAUACGGUCAUCUAGAAGUUGUCAAAUAUCUCAUAGAUAAAGGAGCCAUGCAAAACAAAUAUGACGGCAUGACCCCACUCUAUGCUGCAGCUCUAUUUGAUCAUUUGGAUAUUGUGAAAUUCUUCAUUUAUAAUGGCGCUGAUAUAAAUGAAAAAGUUAAUAAUGGGAGGAUUGCUAUUCAUGGUGCUGCUGCUCGAGGCCAUGUAAAAAUCAUGGAGUAUCUCGUUCAACAAGGCUCUGGUGUGAACAAGGCUGAUCUCGAGGGUUGGACACCAUUCAAUGCUGCCAUUGAAUACGGUCAUCUAGAAGUUGUCAAAUAUCUCAUAGAUAAAGGAGUCAUGCAAAACAAAUAUGACGGCAUGACCCCACUCUAUGCUGCAGCUCUAUUUGAUCAUUUGGAUAUCGUGAAAUUCUUCAUUUAUAAUGGGGCUGAUAUGAAUGAAGAAGAUAAUAAUGGGAGGAUUGCUAUUCAUGGUGCUGCUGCUCGAGGCCAUGUAAAAAUCAUGGAGUAUCUCGUUCAACAAGGCUCUGAUGUGAACAAGGCUGAUCUCAAGGGUAGGACACCAUUCAAUGCUGCUAUUCAACAAGGCCAUCUAGAAGCUGUCAAAUAUCUAAUGGAUAAAGGGGCCAAGCAGAACAGAUAUAAUGGAAUGACCCCACUCUAUGCUGCAGCUAAAUUCGGCCAUCUAGAUAUUGUGAAAUUCUUCAUUUCCAAUGGAGCUGAUGUGAAUGAAGAAGAUGAUAAUGGAAGAAUCCCAUUGAAUGGAGCUGCUAUCAAAGGUAACAUGAAGAUCAUGGGAUAUCUUAUUCAGCAAGGUUCUGAUGUGAACGAGGCUGAUCCAAACGGAUGGACUCCAUUCAAUGCUACUAUCCGACACGGUCAUCUAGAAGCCGUCAAAUAUCUCUUAAAUAAAGGAGCCAAGCAAAACGCAUAUAAUGGAAUGACUCCACUCUAUGCUGCAGCUAAAUUUGGUCAUUUAGAUAUCGUUAAAUUCUUCGUUUCCGAUGGUGCUGAUGUGAACGAAGAUAAUGAUAAUGGGAGAAUCCCAUUACAUGGAGCUGCUAUUAAAGGUGACAAAAAGAUCAUAGAGUAUCUCAUUGAAGAAGGGUCUGAUGUGAACAGGGCCGAUUCUAACGGAUGGACACCACUCAUUGCUGCCAUUAAAAACGGUCAUCUAGAAGCUGUCAAGCAUCUCAUAGAUAAAGAAGCUACGCAAAACAGAUAUUUGGGACAGGCCGCGCUCUAUGUUGCAGUUCGAUUCGGCCAUUUAGAUCUCAUCAUGGAAUAUCUCAUUCAACAAGGCUCUGAUGUGAACAAGGCUGAUUCGAAGCAUUGGACACCAUUCAAUGCUGCCAUUGAAUACGGUCAUCUAGAAGUUGUCAAAUAUCUCAUGGAUAAAGGAGCCAAGCAGAACAUAUAUGAUGGAAUGACUCCACUCUAUGCUGCAACUGAAUUCGGUCAUUUAGAUAUUGUGAAAUUCUUCAUUUCCAAUGGAGCAGAUGUGAAUGCAGAAAAUGAUGAUAAGGGGGUCCCAUUACACGGAGCUGGUAUCAACGGUAAUAUGAAGAUCAUGGAAUAUCUCAUUGAACAAGGCUCUGAUGUCAACAAGGCCGAUCUCGAGGGUUGGACACCAUUCAAUGCUGCCAUUGAAUACGGUCAUCUAGAAGUUGUCAAAUAUCUCAUGGAUAAAGGAACCAAGCAGAACAGGUAUGGUGGAAUGACUCCACUCUAUGCUGCUACUGAAUUUGAAAAUGAUGAUAAGGUGGCCCCAUUACACGGAGCUGCUAUCAACGGUAACAUGAAGAUCAUGGAAUAUCUCGUUCAACAAGGCUCUGAUGUGAACAAGGCUGAUCUCGAGGGUUGGACACCAUUCAAUGCUGCCAUUGAAUACGGUCAUCUAAAAGUUGUCAAAUAUCUCAUAGAUAAAGGAGCCAUGCAAAACAAAUAUGACGGCAUGACCCCACUCUAUGCUGCAGCUCUCUUUGAUCAUUUGGAUAUCGUGAAAUUCUUCAUUUAUAAUGGCGCUGAUAUGAAUGAAGAAGAUGAUAAUGGGAGGAUUGCUAUUCAUGGUGCUGCUGCUCGAGGCCAUGUAAAAAUCAUGGAGUAUCUCGUUCAACAAGGCUCUGAUGUGAACAAGGCUGAUCUCAAGGGUAGGACAACAUUAAAUGCUGCCAUUGAAUACGGUCAUCUAGAAGUUGUCAAAUAUCUCAUAGAUAAAGGAGCCAUGCAAAACAAAUAUGACGGCAUGACCCCACUCUAUGCUGCAGCUCUAUUUGAUCAUUUGGAUAUCGUGAAAUUCUUCAUUUAUAAUGGCGCUGAUAUGAAUGAAGAAGAUAAUAAUGGGAGGAUUGCUAUUCAUGGUGCUGCUGCUCGAGGCCAUGUAAAAAUCAUGGAGUAUCUUGUUCAACAAGGCUCUGAUGUGAACAAGGCUGAUCUCAAGGGUAGGACACCAUUCAAUGCUGCUAUUCAAGAAGGCCAUCUAGAAGCUGUCAAAUAUCUCAUGGAUAAAGGGGCCAAGCAGAACAGAUAUAAUGGAAUGACCCCACUCUAUGCUGCAGCUAAAUUCGGCCAUCUAGAUAUUCAAGGUUCUGAUGUGAACGAAGCUGAUCCAAACGGAUGGACUGCAUUCAAUGCUACUAUCCGACACGGUCAUCUAGAAGCCGUCAAAUAUCUCUUAAAUAAAGGAGCCAAGCAAAACGCAUAUAAUGGAAUGACUCCACUCUAUGCUGCAGCUAAAUUUGGUCAUUUAGAUAUCGUAAAAUUCUUCGUUUCCGAUGGUGCUGAUGUGAACGAAGAAAAUGAUAAUGGGAGAAUCCCAUUACAUGGAGCUGCUAUUAAAGGUGACAUAAAGACCAUAGAGUAUCUCAUUGAAGAAGGGUCUGAUGUAAACAGGGCCGAUUCUAACGGAUGGACACCACUCAUUGCUGCCAUUAAAAACGGUCAUCUAGAAGCUGUCAAACAUCUCAUAGAUAAAGAGGCUAAGCAAAACAGAUAUUUGGGACAGGCCGCGCUCUAUGUUGCAGUUCGAUUCGGCCAUUUAGAUCUCGUAAAAUUCUUCAUUUCCAAUGGAGCUGAUGUGAAUGAAGAAAAUGAUGAUGGGGGGAUCCCAUUACACGGAGCUGCUAUUAACGGUAACAUGGAGAUCAUGGAAUAUCUCAUUCAACAAGGCUCUGAUGUGAACAAGGCUGAUCUCGAGGGUUGGACACCAUUCAAUGCUGUCAUUGAAUACGGUCAUCUAGAAGUUGUCAAAUAUCUCAUGGAUAAAGGAGCCAAGCAGAACAGAUAUGAUGGAAUGACUCCACUCUAUGAGGCUGCUGAAUUCGAAAAUGAAGAUAAGGGGGUCCCAUUACACGGAGCUGCUAUCAACGGUAACAUGAAGAUCAUGGAAUAUCUCGUUCAACAAGGCUCUGAUGUGAACAAGGCUGAUCUCGAGGGUUGGACACCAUUCAAUGCUGCCAUUGAAUACGGACAUCUAGAAGUUGUCAAAUAUCUCAUAGAUAAAGGAGCCAUGCAAAACAAAUAUGACGGCAUGACCCCACUCUAUGCUGCAGCUCUAUUUGAUCAUUUGGAUAUCGUGAAAUUCUUCAUUUAUAAUGGCGCUGAUAUGAAUGAAGAAGAUAAUAAUGGGAGGAUUGCUAUUCAUGGUGCUGCUGCUCGAGGCCAUGUAAAAAUCAUGGAGUAUCUCGUUCAACAAGGCUCUGAUGUGAACAAGGCUGAUCUCAAGGGUAGGACACCAUUCAAUGCUGCCAUUGAAUACGGUCAUCUAGAAGUUGUCAAAUAUCUCAUAGAUAAAGGAGCCAUGCAAAACAAAUAUGACGGCAUGACCCCACUCUAUGCUGCAGCUCUAUUUGAUCAUUUGGAUAUCGUGACAUUUUUCAUUUAUAAUGGCGCUGAUAUGAAUGAAGAAGAUAAUAAUGGGAGGAUUGCUAUUCAUGGUGCUGCUGCUCGAGGCCAUGUAAAAAUCAUGGAGUAUCUCGUUCAACAAGGCUCUGAUGUGAACAAGGCUGAUCUCAAGGGUAGGACACCAUUCAAUGCUGCCAUUGAAUACGGUCAUCUAGAAGUUGUCAAAUAUCUCAUAGAUAAAGGAGCCAUGCAAAACAAAUAUGACGGCAUGACCCCACUCUAUGCUGCAGCUCUAUUUGAUCAUUUGGAUAUCGUGAAAUUUUUCAUUUAUAAUGGCGCUGAUAUGAAUGAAGAAGAUAAUAAUGGGAGGAUUGCUAUUCAUGGUGCUGCUGCUCGAGGCCAUGUAAAAAUCAUGGAGUAUCUCGUUCAACAAGGCUCUAAUGUGAACAAGGCUGAUCUCAAGGGUAGGACACCAUUCAAUGCUGCUAUUCAAGAAGGCCAUCUAGAAGCUGUUAAAUAUCUCAUGGAUAAAGGGGCCAAGCAGAACAGAUUUGAUGGAAUGACCCCUCUCUAUUUUGCAGCCAAAUUCGGUCAUUUCGAUAUCGUGGAAUUCUUCAUUUCUAAGGGUGUUGAUGUGAAUGAAGAAGAUGAUAAUGGACGCAUUCCUCUCCAUGGAGCUGCCUUUGGAGGAAACACAGAUAUAAUGGAAUAUCUCAUUCAACAAGGUUCUGAUGUGAACAAGGCUGAUCUGAAGGGAUGGACACCAUUCAAUGCUGCUAUUUACAAAGGGCAUCUAGAAGCUGUCAAAUAUCUCAUGGAUAAAGGAGCUAGGCAGAACAGAUAUGGUGGAAUGACCCCUCUCUAUUUUGCAGCCAAAUUCGAUCAUUUCGAUAUCGUGGAAUUCUUCAUUUCUAAGGGUGUUGAUGUGAAUGAAGAAGAUGAUAAUGGACGCAUUCCUCUCCAUGGAGCUGCCUUUGGAGGAAACACAGAUAUAAUGGAAUAUCUCAUUCAACAAGGUUCUGAUGUGAACAAGGCUGAUCCGAAGGGAUGGACACCAUUCAAUGCUGCUAUUUACAAAGGGCAUCUAGAAGCUGUCAAAUAUCUCAUGGAUAAAGGAGCACAGCAGAACAGAUAUGAUGGACAUGAUGGAAGGACCUCUCUCUAUGCUGCAGCUCUAUUCGGUCAUUUCGAUAUCGUGGAAUACUUCAUUUCUAAGGGCGUUGAUGUGAAUGAAGAAGAUGAUAAUGGGAGGAUUCCUCUUCACGGUGCAGCUUUCAGUGGUAACAUGAAGAUCAUUGAAUAUCUCAUUGAAAAAGGCUCCAAUGUGAACAAAGAUGAUCAAAACGGUUGGACACCAUUCAAUGUUGCCAUUCAAUCCGGUCAUCUAGAAACUGUCAAAUAUCUCCUAGAUAAAGGAGCCAAGCAGACCAGAUAUAAUGGAGCGACCCCUCUCGAUUUUGCAGCUCAAUACGGCCAUUUCGAUAUCAUGGAAUACUUCAUGUCUAAUGGCGCUGGUGUGAAUGAAGGAGAUAAUGGUGGGAUGAUUCCUCUUCACGGUGUUGCUGCUGCUGAAAGCCACAUAGACGUAAUGGAAUACCUUAUUCAAAACGGACGCCAUCUUGCAGAACCGUUGUCAGAGCUGCUUCCAUUGAAAAGAAAAUUGACAUCACACGACUAUGAUCCUGGGUCUGAUGACAGUGGCCGUGAUGGAGACAGAACCAAAAUCAAAGAUAAGCAAGGGCGGGGAAAAAGGCGAUGCAGGUCUAAGCAACAACGAUUAGAGAGAGACGUGGCCAACCAUGCUAUGUUGCCACCAUGUUCGUGCAAUCGCAACUGCAUUGGCAGGAUAUCAACUACAGAGCGCGAGGAUAUUUGGAGUGACUUUUGGAGAAGACAUUUCAAUGAUAGGCGUCACUUCAUUGUAAUGAACGUUACAAAAAAACAAAAAGCACAGACGAAAGUUCGAGGCAAAAAAUCAAGGCGUAAUUUUACCCUUGAAUGGAAAUUUAAUGAUAAUAUUGUUUGUAAAAAAUUCUUCCUUCAGACUCUUGGUUUUAAGAAUGAUGGUUUUGUAAUGUCUUCCCUCAACAGUAACAGUGUGAAUGAUAAAAGAGGACGACACACACCGGCAAAUAAGUGCAGUGAUUCACAAAUAGAGGCAAUGGUAGAAUACAUAGAAUCAUAUAGACCGUGUUUCUCGCACAAUAAGCUAGUUCACAGGAGAUACUUGCCAUCGCCCUUAUCGGUUAAAAAACUGCACAAAGAGUUUAACGAGAUGAAUGAGCAUUUGAAAGUCUCGUAUCCAACCUUCCAUCGAAUAUUCAAGACAGUGAACAUAUCUCCAACAAAGCCAAGUUUUGACGGGUGUACUUAG